GCACCCUUCCUCCACCCGCAGCUUUUCUUUGCUCCCUUCGGCUCCUCUCCCCCACCUUCCUCCCUUCAACCUUCGAUCUCCUCUCCCCCCGAUUCUCUAGGGUUUCUCCCGACACCCGCCCCCCGCAGCCCCCAACCCCGCCGACUCCGACCCGCUCCCUCCCUCCCGCUCGCUCGCCGCAGGUUUUAGCGAUCAGCCGUAGCUCUUUCAUCAAAGGUUUUGUGCAAAAUUAUGCGAUCUUCAUGGGCUGAUUCAGUUGCGAACGCCGAGGAAUCGGCGCCCGCGACUGGUGCUGCUCCCGCCCCUGUUGCCAAUCACCAGAACUCGCGUCCCACUCGCAGCUCUUACGUCCCUCCUCACCUCCGUGGCGGUGGCCGCUCACCAGAGAAUCAAGUGCCAGCUGCUGCUCCAACACCAGCUGGCGCAUACCCCUCAGGUGCUGUGCAGCCUUCUGGUGGGUACGCAGCUGCUGUUGGUGGUACUCGCUGGGCUGCCCCUCCUGGUGCUCCUAGCGCUGGCGUAGGCGUUGUCCGCCAGGGUGGUGGUGGACGUGGUGCUGUUGGUGGCGGUGGUGGCGGCUGGAACUCCCGCCCUGGUGGGUGGGGGGACCGCAGGGACCGUGAACCAAACCCUUUUGGCGAUAGUGAGCCGGCGGCUGUGGAUGUUGACUUUGAGAGUCAGCAGAACACGGGCAUCAAUUUUGACGCCUAUGAGGACAUUCCUGUGGAGACAAGUGGCCACGAUGUGCCUCCAGCAGUCAACACGUUUGCAGAGAUUGACUUGGGUGAUGCACUGAAUGAGAAUAUUCGGAGGUGCAAGUAUGUGAGGCCCACACCUGUGCAGCGGCAUGCCAUUCCGAUUGUCAUUGGAGGCAGGGAUCUGAUGGCCUGCGCUCAGACUGGGUCUGGGAAGACAGCUGCUUUUUGUUUCCCGAUCAUCAGUGGGAUCCUAAAGUCAAGGCCACCACAGAGGCCAAGAGCUAGGACUGCAUUUCCUCUUGCUCUGAUAUUAUCUCCUACCCGCGAGCUAUCAGUCCAAAUUCAUGAAGAAGCAAAGAAAUUUGCAUACCAGACUGGUGUUAAGGCUUGUGUUGCAUAUGGUGGAGCACCAAUUCAUCAGCAGUUGAGAGAACUGGAAAGAGGUGUUGAUAUACUAGUGGCAACUCCUGGUCGUUUGAUGGAUCUGCUGGAGAGAGCUAGAGUAUCACUGCAAAUGGUGAAUUACUUGGCUCUUGAUGAAGCUGACCGGAUGCUCGAUAUGGGGUUUGAGCCACAGAUACGCAAGAUUGUUGAGCAGAUGGACAUGCCCCCUCGUGGUGUGAGACAGACCAUGCUGUUCAGUGCUACUUUUCCAAAGGAGAUACAACGCCUGGCAUCAGAUUUCCUUGCAGACUACAUCUUCCUUGCUGUUGGAAGAGUUGGCUCAAGUACUGAUUUGAUUGCACAAAGGGUAGAGUUUGUCCUUGAAGCGGAUAAAAGAAGUUACCUCAUGGACCUUAUUCAUGCGCAGAAGGCUAAUGAUGUUCCUGGAAAGAAUUCUCUUACUUUGGUCUUUGUGGAGACAAAGAGAGGUGCUGAUGCUCUGGAGAACUGGCUGUAUACAAAUGGGUUCCCUGCAACAAGUAUUCAUGGAGAUCGUACACAACAGGAAAGGGAGUAUGCGCUGAGAUCCUUCAAGAGUGGAGCAACUCCCAUCCUGGUUGCAACUGACGUUGCUGCUCGUGGGCUUGACAUACCAGAUGUCGCCCACGUCAUCAAUUUUGAUCUGCCAAAUGACAUAGAUGACUAUGUUCACCGCAUUGGGAGAACUGGUAGAGCUGGGAAGUCUGGUCUGGCAACUGCAUUUUUCAAUGAGGGCAACAUGUCACUGGCCAGGCCAUUGUGUGAACUGAUGCAGGAAGCCAAUCAGGAGGUUCCUCAGUGGCUGGAGCGCUAUUCUGCCCGUUCCUCGUUUGGAGGCGGCGGAGGAGGCAGAAACCGCAGGUCAGGAGGCGGCGGCGGUGCUCGAUUUGGUGGACGUGACUUCCGUCGCGACACGAGGGGCGGCGGCGGUGGAGGAGGUGGUGGCUAUGGCGGCGGUGGCGGUGGCGGUUACGGUGGUGGUGGAGGUUAUGGUGGAGGCGCUUCUAGCUCGUGGGACUGAUGGGUUCACCUGGUAAUGGUGAGAAUUGAAUGAAAGUGAUGGAUGGAUGGUAUUCUAUUGACUUAGCUGAAAACAGAUAUUGGGGUUUGUAGUCACCGUGGUGUGGGUAUGGUGCCCUUGCCCCCAUUUACCUUAUUUUGUGCCUGGUUGUUGUCACCGCACUUGUGUUUCCCCUGUACUGGUUAUUUUCUGACUGGCAUCAAAGUCCGGGUGGGCUAAUUUCCUGUU